UAUCGCUUGCUGCUUGAGUGGGGCUGUGCAAUAAUAAUUUCCGACGUCUACAGCUGCAAACAAAUAAUCUGUCUUUUUCGAAGUGGCCGUCGCCGUGUGCAGAGUCUUCACCCGAUACGCUGUCCACCCUGUCCGAGCUUGCCGGCCCAUCUUGAAACCUUUAGCAGCGUUGCACUUCCAGACCAUGGCUCAACCAAAGGCAGACAUUGCUCUGAUCGGCUUGGCCGUGAUGGGCCAGAAUUUAAUUCUGAACAUGAACGACCACGGUUUCGUCGUGUGCGCCUACAAUCGCACCACCGAGAAGGUGGACCAGUUCUUGGCCAAUGAAGCCAAGGGCACAAAGGUCAUCGGGGCCAAAAGUCUGCAAGAGAUGGUCAGCAAACUUAAGUCACCGCGCCGAGUCAUGAUGCUCGUCAAAGCUGGACAGGCCGUGGACGACUUUAUUAAGCAGUUGGUGCCUCUGCUGGACAAGGGUGACAUAAUCAUCGAUGGAGGCAACUCCGAGUACCAGGACACCAAGCGAAGGGUGGAGGAGCUCGAUAAGCAGGGAAUUUUUUUCGUCGGCUCUGGAGUGUCUGGAGGCGAAGACGGAGCGAGGUACGGACCGUCACUCAUGCCCGGAGGAAACCCGAAAGCGUGGCCGCACAUUAAGGAAAUUUUCCAGUCCAUUUCGGCCAAAGCAAACAAUGAGCCAUGCUGCGAUUGGGUCGGUGAAGAAGGCGCCGGACACUUUGUCAAAAUGGUCCACAACGGCAUUGAGUACGGCGACAUGCAGCUGAUCUGUGAGGCAUACCACCUGAUGAGGGACUCUCUCAAGCUGUCCCAUGAAGAGAUGGGACAGGUUCUUGACGAGUGGAACAAAAGCGAGCUGGACUCUUUCCUCAUCGAAAUUACCAGAGACAUCGUCAAGUACAAAAACAAGGACGGCUCCCACCUGGUGGAGCAGAUCCGCGACUCGGCUGGUCAGAAGGGAACUGGAAAGUGGACGGCCAUUUCCGCCCUUGAAUAUGGCAUGCCUGUCACCUUGAUUGGGGAAUCCGUGUUUGCCCGCUGCUUGUCCUCGCUGAAGGAAGAGCGUGUCCAGGCUAGCAAGGUGCUCAAGGGGCCAAGCACCACUGAGUACAAGGGAGACAAGAAGGAGUUCAUCGAACACAUCAAAAAGGCUCUGUACGCCUCCAAGAUCAUUUCCUACGCUCAAGGCUUCAUGCUGAUGCGCGAGGCUGCUCGCGUUUACAACUGGAACCUAAACUAUGGUGGCAUCGCCCUUAUGUGGCGCGGCGGCUGCAUUAUCCGCAGCAUCUUCCUCGGCAACAUCAAGGACGCCUUUGACAAGAACCCACAGUUGUCCAACCUGUUGCUGGACAAGUUCUUCUCCGACGCCAUCCACAGGUGCCAGGAUUCAUGGCGCACUGUCGUGGCCGCAGGAGCCACUCUCGGAGUGCCGACGCCGGCCUUCAGCACUGCGCUCGCCUUCUACGAUGGGUACCGCUCGGAACGCCUCCCUGCUAAUCUCAUCCAGGCCCAGAGAGAUUACUUUGGUGCUCACACUUACGAGCUGCUGAACAACCCUGGCAAAUUUGUCCACACCAACUGGACCGGCCACGGUGGAAACGUGUCGGCGAGCACCUACCUAGCCUGAUUGAAAUGCAGGCUGACUGUUAUAGAAGAUGCCACAAAUCUAGCAUUUCAAUUGUAUUUUUCUACUUUGCUACGUGAAAUGAACAUUCCACCCUUUUCCUGCUUUUUACUGACUGAGGCUUUCAGGAUGCAAAGAAAAUGUCAUCAUUUUUAUAAGAUUGGCCUGCUGGUAAUUUUUAUCAGUAAACUCAUUUUAUUGUUCUUACUUGUCGAUUCCUAUCAUACAUUCAUUGUUUCUUACGUUUUAUUUGAUUAUUAAAAAUUGAUGCUUCUCCUACAA